GAAGUCGAUGAGCAGAUGAUGCAAGUGCAAAAUAAGAAUUCAUCGUAUUUUGUUGAAUGGAUUCCAAACAACGUAAAAACUGCCGUAUGCGAUAUUCCUCCACGAGGCCUCAAAAUGAGUGCUACAUUUGUUGGGAAUACAACAGCAAUACAAGAACUUUUCAAACGCAUCUCAGAGCAGUUCACGGCAAUGUUCCGACGAAAAGCAUUUCUGCAUUGGUAUACUGGUGAGGGAAUGGAUGAAAUGGAAUUUACGGAAGCUGAAAGUAACAUGAACGAUCUGGUAUCCGAAUAUCAGCAGUACCAGGAUGCUACCGCAGAUGAGGAAGGUGAAGGUCCGGAAGGUGAAACGGAAUACAUUGAACAUGAAGAAUAA